AUGUCGAACUACUACCCCCAACAAUCGUACGGCCCCGGCCCGGGAACCGGCGCCCAGAACCUCCAAUUCUACCCCUCCUCAUACUCCCCCGCCGACGCCGUCUCGGGCCACGCGACCCCACAACAAGCCUCGUACGGCUACGGAGGUCAACCCUCCGCCGGACAGUUCGGCGGCAGCGCCGCCGCCGCCUUUGGCGCCCCUCCAGGCGUCUCGGGUCGCAUGGGCGAGCAGGGCGGCCUGCGCACCGGGUGGCUCGCCGCCUUCUCGACCGAAGGCUACGAUGGCGAGCCGCCCUUGCUCGAGGAGCUGGGCGUUAACUUUGGGCAUAUUCGAGCAAAGACACUCGCAGUUCUCAACCCGUUCCGUCGCAUCGACCAACACCUAAUGGACGACAGCGACCUUGCCGGCCCCCUCCUCUCCUUUCUCCUUUACGGUACCUUCCUCCUCUUCGCCGGCAAGGUCCACUUCGGCUACAUUUACGGCCUCGCCCUCCUCGGCAGCACGUCACUGCACAUCAUCCUCUCCCUCAUGACUCCGACCGACGCCCACCCUUCGGCCUCGACCCACCAGUCCGCACCCCAGUACGGCGGUCCCGUCGGCGUCGGCGGCGGGUACCCUGGCGGACCCGGCCCCGACGACCACGACCACCCCUCUCGCACCGGCCACUUCUCUGCGACCCUCACCUUCGCCCGCUCCAGCUCCGUGCUCGGCUACUGUCUCCUCCCUCUUGUCGCCACCAGUCUCUUCGGCAUCGUCAUGCCCAUGGACACCCCGCUCGGCAUCGUCCUGACCACCAUGGCCAUCUUGUGGUGCACCUAUUCGGCCUCGGCCAUGUUCUGCGCCGUUGGCCGCAUGAGGGGCAUGCGCGGGCUCGUGGCUUACCCUCUGGCACUGUUCUACGUCGGCUUCGGCAUCAUGGGAAUCUUCAGCUCUAGAGGGAGCGGCGGGUCGUUGGCCAAGGCCGCGGCCGGUCUGAAGGGAUGA